CCAGCUGGGGCGGGCGAGGCGAGGGCGCUCGGUGAGAGAGCCAUGGAGCCGAACAGCCCCCGCGCGGGGCCGAGCCUUCUGGACGCGCGGCUGGGCGCGGACACGCGCGUGGGGCCCCGGGCGCUGCUGGUGGCGCUGUACGCGGUCACCGGCGCUCUGGGCGCGGCGGGCAGUGCGCUGUCCGUGCGCGUGGUGCUGAAGACGCGCGCCGGCCGCCUGCGCCACUACGUGCUGAGCCUGGCCGGGGCCUCGCUGCUGCUGCUGCUGGGGCCGCUGCCCGUGGAGCUCUACAGCUCCGUGUGGCGCCACGGCCCCUGGGCCCUCGGCGACCUGGGCUGCCGCGCCUUCCACUUGGUGCGCGAGACGUGCGCCCUGGCCACGGUGCUCAGCAUGGCCGCCCUGAGCGCCGAGCGCUGCCUGGCCGUGUGCCAGCCUCUGCGCGCCCGCCGCCUGCUGUCGCCCCGUCGCACCCGCCGCCUGCUGUCGCUGGUCUGGGUCGCCUCGCUGGGCCUCGCGCUGCCCGUGGGUGUCAUCGUGGGGCAGAAGCACGAGCCGGAGACGCCGGGCGGGGAGCCAGAGCCAGCGUCCCGCGUGUGCACCGUGUUGGUGAGCCGCGCCGCGCUGCGGGUGUCCAUCCAGGUGAACGUACUGGUGUCCUUUGUGCUGCCCCUGGCACUCACCGCUUUCCUGAAUGGGGUCACCGUGAACCACUUGGUGGCCCUCUACUCCCAGGUGCCAUCAGCCUCUGCCCCGGUCAGCUCCAUCCCUGGCCGCUUGGAGCUGCUGAGCGAGGAGGGUCUCCUGGGCUUCAUUGCAUGGAGGAAGACCUUCUCCUUAGGCGCCCGAGCCAGCCUGGUGAGACACAAGCAUGCCAGCCAGAUCCGCGGCCUGCAGCAGAGCAUCCAGGUUCUCAGAGCCAUCGUGGCCGUGUAUGUCGUCUGCUGGCUGCCGCACCACGCCCGCAGGCUCAUGUUCUGCUAUGUCGCUGAUGACGCGUGGACAGACUCGCUCUACGAUUUCUACCACUACUUCCACGUGGUGACCAACGUGCUCUUCUACAUGGGCUGCGCGGUCACCCCGCUCCUGUUCAACGCCAUGUCCUCCUCCUUCCGGAAGCUCUUCCUGGGCUCCCUCGUCACCCUGUGUCGGGACCACCUCCCCAUGGAGGCACCAGAGGGCCCCCCCAACAGACACAGCUUCAGGCUCUGGGGGUUCCCCCGGAACCCCGACCCGGAUGAGAUGCAGGAGUGAAUGAGCACACGGUGACUGACUGCCGGCCACCUGUCAGACCGCCCGCUGCCACUACUAACCAGACUGGGUCACUCACGGUGCCCCAGUCAGCUAACCCUGCUCCCUGGAGAAGGCAGAGGUGGAGGAAGGGCCCACCUCUCUGCUGGCCAAGAUCCAAGUGCCUGGCACUGUGCCCUGAGUGUAAUCAAUACUCAAUAAAUUUUAACUGGGGCUCCUUACUGCCUAAUA